AUGCGCUUCUCCGCCACCGCAGCCCUGCUUCUCGGGACUCUGUCCCUCGCCAACCCGAUCCCCGAGCCGCUGGACAUCGGGCCGGACGACGUGCUCGACCCCAACACCAUCCCCGUCGACAUCGGCGCGACCAUCAUCACUGGCCCUCCCGCCCUUCUGAACCUGGGCACCGGUGGCGUCAGCGCCGGCGGCAAACGGGAGCCCAUCCCGGCCCCGAUCUCCGAGGAGGCCGAACACGAGCUGGUCGCCCGCGACCGGAGCAAGGACCAGCAGCGAGGCCUCAAGCUGCACAACCAGGCCCGCCGCGUCAAGGGCAUCCCCAAGCUGACCUGGGACAAGCAGCUGGCGGCCGACGCGCUCGCGUGGGCGCAGCACCUCGCGCAGACGGGCAAGUUCGAGCACAGCAGCAACGAGUCCCGCCCGGGCCAGGGCGAGAACCUGGCCUACAGCUACUCGUCGACGCCCAUCACCAGGCCCAUCGCCAGCGGCACCAAGCUCUGGCUCGCAGAGGAGUCCAACUACCACGGCGAGGCUAUCCCGGAAGGCAACUUUGCCGCCUACGGGCACUACACUCAGUGUCUCUGGAAAGCUUCCACCAAGAUCGGCAUUGCUGCCGUUCAGGACAGCAAGGGCGCUUGGUACACCGUCGCCCGCUACGGUCCUGCUGGCAACGUCAUCGGCCAGAAACCUUACUAG